UUUAACAUCUAACGUAAACAACAUCAUGAACAUGGACUGAUCAUGGAGUGCACAGUGAAUAGAUAAUAUACCCAAAACAGGAAAACACACGUUAAAAUGAGUGGACCAGACAGAAGAAUGGACCCUCUUCCAAUUCUUGGAGAAGAUGGAGCAGUUUAUCGUCAAGGCGGAGACCAGAAGAGAAUGCCACCCCCAGGUUCAAAUAAAUCCCAGUCCAGGAGAACUCCCACCCCAACCAAACAGGUCAACCUCCGGUCCGUCAGUCGAAGAGAUGAUUUACCAGGAUAUGAAGAACCAGUAGAUAUGGAGGAAUUGAGGCAGUCUUUAAGUCGAGAGAAUUCAAGAAUUUAUGAACCAAGAGAGGAGAAGGAAAUUAAGGGAGCUAACGCCAUACGAAAAGGACAUAGCUGCAGCCAUGAUGAUGGUAGUAAAAAACCCUUCGUUGUUUCUGCAAAUGUAUCCAGACCAAAACAGAAACCAGUGAACCUGAAAGAUUCACCAAAACCCAAACCUAAAGAGGAACUACCACCAGAGGGAGCUGAGGGGGGUAAGGAUGAGGAUAGCAGUAGUAGUGAUAGUGACAGUGAGGAGGAGGAGAGAAGGGCUCCCAGUGAACUCCUUAUGGAGUUUUUGGAGUGCUUGAUGAAAAAAGAAUAUGUAGUAGCAGCCAAGCUGUGCAAAAUGAUACUGAUUUAUGAGCCCACACAUCCAACUGCCCUACAGUUUCAACCAGUAUUAGAAGAGAAAAUUAUCUUAGAUCAAGAAAAGGAAAAUGAGUCGGGAAGUGAUGAGUCUGGUGAUGAGGAAUCUGAUGACAGUGGUGAAGAUUCAGAUGAUGAUGAUGAUAGUGAAAGUGAAAGUUCAGAGAAUGAGGAAGAUGAAGGAGAAGAGGAGAGAAACAGUGCGGAUGAUUUUUUUGAUGAAUUCAAACAAGACUCUGGUAUUGUAUCAGCAUCAUCCGACUAAAGGAAGCAACUCUCUGUUAUCUUCUGUGUGUAUUUGUGCCAAUUUAUUUACCUGAACAAUACUGUAUUUAUUUCCAAAUACAGACAUGUGAAUGUUUAACUAAAUGCCGAUGGUCAUGAUGUUAAAUGUAUAAAUUUGUAUACCAUUGUUGCACUUGUGACUGUGUUUUUGUACAAUCAACAUUCCAUCAGUGGUAGAAAUCAACUGUUAUAUAUUUCUCAAGAAGGCAGUCCAUAGAGGUGAAUACUGUCUUGGUUGAUGUUAUUCCAUUUGCUAUAUUAAUUUUUUAUGUCAUCUUCCGUCCAGAUACAUGGAAAUUCCUUAUGAAAAUUCACAAUACAUGUAUUAUAUGCCUUUCUCUUGAUUUUAUUUGUAUUUCAUUGUAAUUGAAAAUAAUAAAAAUAUUUAUAGGAAA